GUUGAAAUGCAGAUGCAGCAGUACACGAGUAACCACCACACGCCACGCCUCGCCUCGCCUAAGAAGUCCACAGUACCAUACCUCGACCAUGCGCACGGUUUCUACAAACGCCCCGUCUCCGCGCCAGCGUCGUGGUUACGAACGUUCUGCACGAGCGUUUAUAAAGAGAGCGCGGACCUUCUUGCAAUGGCGACCGUAGCACUGCUCGUACCAGUGCCACCACCAACUAUCGCGAGGCCCCCGGCUCUGCGCUCCCGUCACCUCGGCUUUCUCCCAAGAUCCUGCGAGCUCGGCUCGUCGCGAGUAACCGCCGCCAUGUCGUCGUCCGAUCCGUCGCUGGCGACCGAGGCGCCCCAGGCGGCCGUCACCAGCGAGCGCAAGCUCAGCCCCGACCUGCAGGAGCAGCUCGCCAAGCCAUAUCUGGCCAGAGCAAUGGCGGCGGUUGACCCGAGCCACCCGGAGGGCAGCAAGGGUCGGGACACCAAGGGGAUGAGCGUGCUCCAGCAGCACGCCGCCUUCUUCGACCGCAACGGCGACGGGGUCAUCUACCCAUGGGAGACCUUCCAAAGCCUCCGAGCAAUCGGGCUUGGGUCGCCUUCGGCCUUCGGAACAUCCAUACUCCUCCACCUCGUCCUCACUUAUCCUACUCAACCGGGAUGGAUGCCUUCCCCUCUGCUCUCGAUCCAUAUAAAGAACAUCCACAGGGGCAAGCACGGGAGCGACUCUGAGACGUAUGACACUGAAGGGAGGUUUGAACCAGCGAAAUUCGAUGCUAUAUUCAGCAAGUUUGGCAAAACUCGGCCGAAUGCUUUGUCAGAAGAUGAGAUCAACGCCAUGCUUAAACACAACCGCAAUAUGUAUGAUUUCCUGGGCUGGGCCGCAGCCAACCUCGAAUGGAAGCUGCUGCACAAAGUGGCAAAGGAUAAAGAAGGCUUUUUACAGCGAGAAAUCGUGAGGGGCGCCUUCGAUGGCAGCCUGUUCGAGCGCCUGCAGGAGAGCAAGAAAUCUACCUGAAUGCGGCAGUGAGCCGUGCGCAGUCCAGACCGAGCGUCGUCAAUGAAACAUCUGCACUUGAAAUUUGAAAAGCCUCCCUGCAUUGUAGUUUGAGUUCUGCACGUCAAAUAAGAAGUGUUUGGCCCGUCUACGGCGGCCUAAACAUUUUCAUUUGUAUUGUUAUUUUGAACUGGAAUUUGUACUGUUAUUGGUAGCGCACACAAGGUGUACAGUGGAACUUUGUAAUGUGCACUCGUGAACCAUCAGUACCUCGCGUAAUAUAGGCGUGUCCGAAAA